UCGACCCGCAAAUCCGGGAAAUUCCCUGGCCCGAGGCUGCGAACUCUCCAGCCCACCAUGGAUAAAAGGGGUUCGCUCGUCUCGGGAAGUCACACAGCCAGCACCACAGACACUCCUCACACCAGCUCUUCUGCUCCAGGCACCGCAGCCCAGAUCUCCAAGCCGACCUCAUGGCCCGCGCCGCCUCCCCAGCUACACCCCGCGCUCCCCGGCCCCUCCGGGCUGCGAUGCUGCUCCUGCUUCUGGUCGCCGCCUGUCAGCGCGCAACAGGGGCGCCCGUGGUCAGUGAACUGCGCUGCCAGUGCCUGCAGACCGUGCAGGGAAUUCACUUCAAGAACAUCCAGAGUGUGAAGGUGACGCCCCCAGGACCCCACUGCGACCAAACGGAAGUCCUAGCCACUCUCAAGAAUGGACAGGAAGCUUGUCUCAACCCUGCAGCCCCCAUGGUUAAGAAAAUCAUCGAAAAGAUGCUCAAAAAGGGACAGCACAAACUGAUCUAGAGAAAAGAAGCUCUUUGGUGGUUCUUGAAAGGUGGUCCCUGCCUUAUAAGAAGUGAAAAUGAAGAUGGUAACAGCUGACUUCGGGAACACCUAGAAAAUACUGUGCUUGGUUUUCAAAUGAGAUUUCUAUUUAUUUAUGUAUUUAUUUAUUUUUCAAAGCAUGUAUUUUAAUACCUUAUGUUAGUAUUUAAAGACAUGAAUGUGUUUAAUCAAAACACAAUCUCAUUGUCAUUUAAUUUGAAGGUGAUGGUUUUGAAAUGUCUCAUCAAACUCAUUUACUGGAAAAACAUCGAGUGUCAGAUACUGUGGUAGAAUCAGGGGUGUGUGUGAGAGAGAGAGAGGGUUCAAGUAAUUCAACAGUGAGAUUACUGUUUGGGUCAGGGUAAAUGCAUACACAGAUAUUUUUCUGAUUGUUUAAAAGAAUGUCAGUUGCUAUUUAUUGAAAUUAUUUCAUAUUAUAUGGUCAACAUUUUAUGUUGAAACAUCCCUUGGACAUUUUAUGUCUUCCUUGUAAGGCAUAAUGCCUUGUUUAAUGUUCAUUAUACAAUGGUUCUCUUUGUCUUGGAACAGAGAAGUUAAAACUCAUGUUUUUAUAAAUGAUAUGAAAAUAAAAA